UUUGAAAUAUAACACCUGUAUUAAUAACUUUUCUAUAAAAUGUUAAGUUUUUCUUUAAUGAUUUUAGUUUGUGCGUAUUCGUGUGAUAGUAUUGUAGUUAAAUUUAAUGAAAGUGUUAUCGUUGGGAAAUAUUUACGAACCAUUUUUGGGGAUAAAUCUUACGUAGGAUUUUUUCACAUACCUUACGCGGAGCCACCUUUAGGGGAAUUAAGAUUUAAGCCCCCAAUAGGUCCUAGAAGUUUUGAAAACUACAAAAUAUACGCAUAUGAUGAAGACACAUGGAGCGGGCUUACAGAGGAUUGUCUUUAUUUAUCAAUCUUUAUGCCUCUCUCGGUAUAUCCGAAACCAGUCCUGGUAUGGUUUCAUGAACAUUCCUACUGGCAUGGUCCAGAUUUCUUUAUAGACGAGGAAAUAUUAGUCGUCACUGUUUCGUUUCGAACAGGAAUAUUUGGUUUCCUAAACACUGAAGAUGAUUUCGCUGAAGGAAACCUAGGGGUUAAAGACAUGCAGAUGUCUCUAGAAUGGCUCAAACACAAUGUUCAUAAAUUUAAUGGGGAUCCUAAAAGUAUUACCAUUGUCGGUGCAGGUUUAGCGGCCACACCGGUGGCAUCGAUGUUAUUGAAUGCUGAUAAAGAUUUAUUUUCUAAAAUAAUUGUUUUAAGCGGCAGCGCACUAUCACCGGCUGAUUAUAAGAAUUUUAACUUUGAGAUUGCUAAUAAAUUAUUCAAAAGACUUGGAGAUCCACUUAAGAGAUUUAAUAGGAAAGAAUUAUAUGAACUGCUCAAGAACGGGACAGCGGAUAAAUUGCUAUCGGCCUCUCGAGAACUUUUCGAUAGCACUGAAGUAAGAGAUAAUCAAAGAUUGAUUAAUCCAUUUGGAUGUUCUCUCGAGAUUGCUUCUGAGAAUCCAUUUAUGAAAUGGACACCUAUUGAAAUGUACAAUAGAAAAGCUGUCAACGACGUGCCAGUUUUGAUUGGCUACACGAGUUUACCUUCGCUCUGCAAGCUUAAAGGUCUCGCUUCUAAUAGAGAACUUUUAAAGUACCUUAAUUAUAAUUUUCAAUAUUUACUGCCAUUCGAAGGGAGAGUGGACGAAUACAACUGCAAAAAAUACAAGAAAAUUAAGCAGCGCAUUAAGGAAUUUUAUUUUCUCAACGCGACAAUAACAGAGCGUAGUUUGAGGCGAUUCGCAAAAUACCUAUCCGACAUGCAUAUCUUCCCUUUGCUGAGACAAGCGAGGCUUCAAAGCGAUGUCUCGAGCUGUCCAGUAUAUUUGUAUAGAUUUGCGUUCAAGGGGUCUUUCAAUAUUGGCUGGAGAAAUUACGUUCCCAAUUUAAAUUGGUCGGGAGCAAGUUUGGACGACGAAAUAUGUUACUUAUUCAAAUGCAAAUCUCUAAAUCACGUCUAUAACAGAGCACAGACCAAUGAAAGGGGCUUCAUUAGGAAAAUUGUGAGAUUAUUUGCUAAUUUCAUUAAACUUGGAAACCCAACACCACACGAUGAUGAAGUAUUGAAAAAUAUACAAUGGAUGCCUUUAAGUAAAGGAACACAUUUAAAAGCCAUGAACUUUGGGAAAUUAAUAAGAAUGCGAGAUAUUCCCGAAGAAGAAAGAAUGCGAUUUUGGUAUAAUUUGCAAAGAGAUUUUGUUACUUUAAAUAAUUCUUAAUAAAUAUUU